UUCGAAUAACCGCUUUACAUCCCUUCUAUGUAUCCAGAAAGUAGCGCCGGUGGCGAUAGGCGCAAAGCGGUAGAGACGCCAAAGGUAUCAACGGGCCAGCGCCAUGCCAGCCUAGCCGGCCGAGCGACUAGCACCGAGCAGCCCACAGUUCCGCCCUCUACAGCUAUUCGCUCGCGCUUUCGUGACAUGGUGGAAAGACCCACCCAGCAACCACCAAGCUCAAUAUCUCGCGGCACCAAGCGCCUCCUGGCCGACGACAGCCCAAAUGACCGCCAAAAAUCAAGAUACAGCCAGAUUGAGACACCUGUGCGCGAAGAACACCUUCUAGGUUUAUCGCCAUAUAAAACACCUAUUCUGCGCGGUGGCCUACAGCCCACACGACUGUUUUCUGGGUCUCCAACAGGUAGCUUUCUCGGGACCUCGCUAUUUGCAGAGUCUUCGCCUGCACGCAGCAUUCUAGACUCGGCGCGCAAGGAAACAGAGUGUGUGGGCAAGAUGGAAUCUAUGAAGCGUGAGCUGGAGCGGGCCAAGUUUGAACUCAGGCAGGUGGAGCUGGAUCGCGAAAAAGACCGUGAGGAAGCAGCGCGAGUGAAGCAGUCGCUGGAAGCAGAUGUUUUGAAGCAGGCCAAGCGUAUCGAAAAGCUCGAGCGGGACCGGAAAUGGCUGGUUGGCCAGGAAGAACAGUUUUCCGACCAGCACAAGGAGCUGGAGGCGGAGGUGAGGCGGCAGAAGGAGCGGUACAAACAAAAAAUCGAACAGGUCAUCGCUGAGUACCGUCAGAAGGCGCUGCAGGUUGAGGAGGCAGAACAGGCAUUCCGAAAUGUGAAGAAGGAGCAUGUUGCCGAGAUCGGCGCAUUGCACGACAAGCUGAUCAGAGCUGAGCAUAAGGCCGGCGAGCUGAAGGCGCGGCUAGAGGCAGCUGUGGCCAGUACUGGAAGUUCCCAGGACAAGGCGUUGCAGUACACAGUUGAUGCCCUACAAAAGAAGCUCUUUGCCACAGAGGAGGAUCUCAGGGAGCUUCUGGAGCGAGACCUGCAUGAGCAAUGCACAUAUAUCAAGGCCCUUGAGAACCAGAACCAGAAGCUCAAAGCCGAAGCCCAGCACGCCAAGGAGCUUGCCAGCAAGUACGCCAAGGAGCUCGAGUCUAACCAGGCGCUGCAGGCCAAGGUUAAUCGGCUCGAGGGACAGCAUGAGAACUUUGCUGAGCUUGAAGCCCAGCUUAGCAUUCUCAAGCAGGAGCGCGAGCAAUGGCGCAAGGUUUUCCAGGCCCGCCUGAUGAGCCUGAACGUCCCUAUUGACUCGCCCUACGCCGUCGCCAAUACGGUUGCAACACAGCGACACAAGAUCUCGCUCCUCGAAACCAAAGUCGAAACGAUGCAGGAAACCGUUGAUAGUGCAACCCGCGAUUUGCAGUCGACCGUCACUGAACUCGAGUCAUAUAAGCUGCAGUACUCGCAGAUUGACGAGCAGCUGACAAAGGAGAAGCGGCGGGCCAUUCAGCUCGAGAGAUCAAAGCAGUACGCACUGCGCGAGGACAGACUUUUUGCGGUCACAGCUCCAUUCACAGAGCGGAUCAAGCAACUGGAGCUGUUUAUUGAUGAGCAGCGCGUCUGGAUCUCGAGUCUCGAGGGUGCUGCUGUGCUGCAGGGGUAUCGCGAGGAUGUUGAGAGGAAGGAGCAGGAGCUGCUGGCCAGUAGGCGCAGCUACGACCAGCUGAUGGAACGCUUUGAGGAGCUGGAGAAGGAGGCAGCGCGUCUCGAGCACCAGAUUGGAUCUGGGCUGGGAUAUAACCCUCGCACAACUCGACUAUGCGAUCCGCUCGGAAGAAGCUCAAGGCGCUUGUGGACUGAAAACGAGUCUCUGCUUGCCCAUAUCAAGAAGCUGACUGACACGUCGUCUGCCGACAAGUCCGAAAGCGCAAAUGAUAAUGAGGAGGACAGUGGCGAAUCUGAGGAUCCUCCGAGCGGGUCGCCAUUCUUCCAGACCAUCGCCAACCUGCGCACAGAGAACCAAGAGCUAGCAAAGCAGCUCGAGAACUCGGUGAUUUUGAUGCGCCGCUAUAAGAAGGAAUUGAGGAAGAAGGUUUUUGAGCUGCGUGAGGCUGUUUACUCAAUCAUGGGCUACCGCCUUGACUUUUUGAGCAACGGUGGAAGCUUUGUAUUCAAGAGCGGCGACGACAACAAGGGCGACAUGAAGCUGUAUGGCGGCGGCAACAAGGAGUACCUGAACAGCAUCAUGAACGACAUCCGCUACUGGAUCCAAGAGCGCGGCAGUAUCCCUGGGUUCCUGGCCACAGUGACGCUGCAGAAUUUUGAGACCAGCCAGCAGGAUCCACCGUUGGUUAAAUCGUAA